AUGGGUCCAUCAUCCUCAUCCUCACCGUCAUUAUCACCUACUAAGACUACGGAUGAUCAUGGAGGUGGUGAUAGUAGUGGUCUCACCUCUACUAGGGGAGCUAACGAGGUGGUAGGCAAUCUAUCCCGUGAUGAUCUCGCUGGUGCACCUUUUGAUAUUUCUACAGCUAAAAACGACUUCAGAUUCCAAGGAGGAAUGGCGGCAACUUUGGGAUUUCCUUUCACACCUGCUCAGUGCAAGGAGCUGGAGAGACAAGCUCUGAUAUAUAAGUACAUGCUGGCCUCUGUACCAGUGCCUCUUGAUCUCCUCUUACCCCGUUCCACAAAUCUUCCUCCAGACCUUACUCCAUACCACUCUCCCUGUAAUGAGCCCUGGUUUCUUCUUCUCCAACACUCCCUUAUAAUGACUUCUUUGGUUUUUCAAUAUGGGUUUUGCUUUUUCCGGUCUUUGUAG